AUGGCUGCAAACUGGCAACCGAGAACGGUAUUACCAGGAUACACGACAAUACCUUCCCCGAUUACCAGUCUAUCUUUUGAUCCCUACACUGAAUUGAUUUGGAGUGGAAACUCACACGGUCAAGUUUGCUCGUUGUAUGGUUUGGAUGGCGAGAGAUAUACUUCUUUCAGUGCGCAUAGAAAUAGUCCCGUAAAAGAGCUAUGCUUGGACGACAGGGGUAUCGUUACACUAGGCGCAAAUGGCGUCAAAGGUACAAAGAGAUCUGCCAUUGGCAAAUGGAUGGUUCAAGAGCCGAGAUCUAGCUUGGAAGCCAUGUCAAUGUCUCCUGGUUCUUCAGAAGUUGUUGCUGGUGGCAAUCAACUCGACUUGCUUGUUUUAAAUACAAAUUCUGGUAGUUUAGUUAGGAAGAUUGAAGUACCUGAACCUAUUCGAUUCCUCAAACCUGGUCCACGUUCUUCAGUUGUCUGUGGUGAUGUCAGUGGUAAUGUUCAAAUCAGAGACACAAGAGUUUCCAAAGCUGCGAUGCAACACAUAACUCCUCACAAAGAUGGCUUGCUUGGAAUUGAAUCAACUGGAAACAUACUUCUCAGUUGGGGGUGUACAACUAGAUUUGGCAGAGUAGUACCAGAACCUCUAGUGAAAGUCUACGAUGCCCGAAUGAUGCGUCCUUUACCGCCAGUUUCAUUCCCUAGUGGUCCUUCAUUUGUUAAAAUUCACCCACGCUUAUCAACGUCCGUCUUCAUUUCUGACAUUCAGGGUCAGUUCCAUGUCACAGACCUUAGUACAUCCACUGGAUCUUAUCAUAUGAUCGAUAUUCCGUCAUACGUGACAUCAAUGGCAGUUUCAACUUCAGGAAACCAUUUAGCAUUUGGUGAUGCAGAAGGGUCUAUUCACGUCUGGACAGACCUUGAAUCAGGACAACCUGAAAAUUUCAAUGCUUUCGAGGGUAUUCAUCUUGACUGGCCAUCAGAGACACAACCACCACCACGUAUCGAUUGGAAUGACCGAACACCUUUGAAUACCAUAGGACUACCAUACUACGACACACCACUUUUAUCUUCAAUGCCUUUACAUAUGCCUUUACCAGAUUCAUCGCCCAUGUUUAACCCGCCAAUCCAAAUCCCAGCAUCUGUAUCAAAAUCACUGCGCACAGACAUAUUCCCUGCCCAUGCUCACAAUCCACAGGAAAAUAAAGGUAAACGCAAUCUUACGCCUUCACGCAAAGCUGGUAGAAGUGGCAGAAAUAGAAUAGGCGGACGCAAAUCUGAUGAACCAAAGUUUAUAUCUGAGCAAAUUAGGGAAAAACUUAAGAACGGCAGCUUAGAGGGUAAUCAUCGUCUUGAUUCGCAAGUUGAAAAGCUGGAAGUAGAUGAGGAUGGCGUCGCUAACAUUCCAAAGCAUUAUCGUAAGGUUGAGAUAAAGUACUCAAAAUUUGGUAUAGAGGACUUUGAUUUCGGUUUUUAUAAUAGAACGCCUUAUUCUGGUUUAGAAACUCAUAUAACUAAUUCGUAUACGAACGCAUUGCUGCAAAUAUUACACCAUGUUAAACCAAUUAGAGCUGUAGCAACGUCUCAAACUACAUUACCAGACCUCAAGGAUAAUUGUUUACUGACAGAAUCAGGUUUCUUAUUCAGAAUGCUAGAAAAUGGAAAUGGUGUGAAUUGCCAAUCAACAAAUUUUGCAAGAGCUUUGACUAGUUUCCCACAAGCUAAAGCUUUAGGAAUUUUAGAUACUGAUUCAAAAUCUAAGAAUACCGCUGCUUAUGGUAGUAUGAUACAGAGUUUCAAUAGGUUCUUACUGGAACAGAUGUCUGUUGAAAGUUGGACGUUUCAACCUUGUCCUCAAGUAUGCAAUAAUGGUAACAUGAGUCCGAUUUCUCAGUUGUUAGGUAUUGAGUCGCUUUCUGUCUCUAUGUGUACGGAUGGUUGUGGAUCUCGAUCUGUCAGAAAGGGAGUUACUCAUGUUAUAGAGCUUAUGUAUCCUAGAAAGACACUUUCAAACGAAGCACCUUUACCAGUAGACUUCAGCUCAAUUCUUCGUGGAUCAAUUAUACGUGAUUCCUUAGCAAAGCAUGUUUGUCCAGUAACAAAGCAAUUUGUGCCGUUACACUCUCGCCGUAUUAUAUCGACAUUCGAAUCUCAAUUCCCAGCCGUAUUGUCGAUAAAUGCUGGUGUACACUCGAAGGAAAAUUUGGAUGUAUGGCUCAAACCAGCAAGGCAACCUGGGGAGUCACCUUAUGGACCCAGACCUCAACACUUCCUUCCGCUUAGGUUUGGAAUCAGGAGGUAUGGUGAUCAACUCCAUGUAGUGACAAACGAGAAAGAUUUCACUAGUGAUUUAGGUAUAUAUAGUUUGAAGGCGGUUGUUGCGCAAAUUCACCCAGAUCCUGAAUCCAAUCAUCUUGUGUCAAUAGUCAGAAUAUCAAAUGAUGAACUGGUUGAUAAAACCAAAAGUCCAUGGUAUAUAUUUAAUGAUUUCUUGGUUCGGAAUGUCAGUCAAGCAGAAGCUUUAUCGUUCUCUGAUUGGAAGAUCCCAUGCGUUAUUUAUUAUGAAAGGGAAAAUGUGGAUAAUUUUGUCAACUAUCCAGCAUUGAAUCAGAGGAUCGAUCCAGGUAUAUUAUGCAAUGAUCUUUCUAUAUCUUGGAAUCGCGACCCAGAACUUCUCAAACAUGAGGUUUUGAGAAAAAGCGAGCUACCAAAACCUGGAUCUUUAGUUGCUAUUGAUGCCGAGUUUGUUUCAAUGAAUAGAGAAGAAAUUGAAUUUAGGUCUGAUGGAUCAAGAUCUGUGAUCAAGCCUUCAAAAUUAUCACUUGCUAGAGUGUCUGUUCUAAGAGGAGAAGGAAUCAAGGAACAGAAACCAUUCAUUGACGAUUAUAUUCAUACCAGCGAACCGGUAAUUGAUUAUCUAACAGAAUUCUCUGGUAUAAUGCAUGGAGACCUGGAACCAAGCACAUCAAAGCAUACACUCGUGCCACUAAAGGCAGCUUAUCGUAAGCUUCGAUUGCUUGUCGAUAUGGGAUGUGUAUUUAUUGGCCACGGGUUGUCUCAGGAUUUUAGAAUAAUUAACUUAUUCGUACCUAAAGAUCAAAUAAUUGAUACAGUGGCUUUAUAUCAAAAGAAAGACAGUCAUAGGAAGCUCUCACUUAGAUUCUUAAGUUGGUUUCUUCUUAAGCAGGAUAUACAGUUAGAUACACAUGAUUCAAUUGAGGAUGCAAGAGCUGCAUUUUUACUAUACAAAAUGUAUAAGGCUUUUGAAAAGGAUGGCAGACUUGAGGAUGUUUUAGAUGAUAUUUACAGUGAAGGGAGAAGGUUGAAUUGGAGACCACCUGUAAAUACCAGUAGUACUAGUAGCAAUCUAGCAAUGCAAUCACCUCCAAAUACAAAUGCUACGUUUCAAGUAAAAAUCCCACCACAACAGCAAUCACAACCUGCAGCAGCAUCAGCCUUUGCACCGUCAACAUACAUUGCAUCACCUACGACAAUACCAUCGUUUUCACCACCAAUUGCAGCACCUUUGUUUAAUAAUCACCAGGGUACAUCACGUAAUCCAUGGGAUUAA